AUGGCGGUGCCGGACGCGGGGCGCCUGGCGCAGGAGGCGACGGCCAUGGCGGGCGCGGUGCGCGGCGCGCUGGGGCCGCGGGGCGGGCGGGCGCUGGUGCUGCGGCCCGACGGGCGGCCGCUGCUCACGAGGGACGGGCGGCGCCUGCUGGAGGCGCUCUGCCUGCAGCCGCCGACGGCCAGGGCGAUGGCGGCCGCCGCCUGCCGCCACCGAGGCGCGACGGGGGACGGCGCCAAGACGUUCGUGCUGCUGCUGGCCGCCGUGCUGCGCGGCCUGCGGGCGGCCGGCGGGGCCGGGCGGGCGCUGCCCGACUUCGAGAGGCGGGUGCUGGAGCCGGCCGCCGCGCUGGGGCUGCGCCGCCACCUCCUGUCCGCCUUUCCCGGGGAGGAGCAGCGGGUAGACCUGGCCGCCCUGGAGGCGCUGCUGGACGCCUACCUGCGCGGCCGGGUCGGGCCGGGCGAGCGGCGGCGCCUCGCCCGCCUGUGCUGCGAGUACCUCGGCCGCUGCGCCGCCCGCUGCCCGCCCGCCCUGCGCCUCCUCGGCCGCCAUUUCGAGGCGCUGCACGCCGCCGUGCCCGGCCUGCCCCUCGACGGCUCCGCGGUGCUGCCCGGCAUCGUCCUCCGCGGGGACUUCGCCGCCUACAGCCCCACCAGCGGGGCCGUGGGGGCCGUGGUGGUCACCGAGCCCCUGCACGCCGGCCCCUCUGCGCCCGGCGUCGAGCUCGUCGUGGGCUCCGAGGGUCAGUAUGAGGCCGCCCGGCGCUGGUGCGAGGCCAGAACAGAAGCCGCGGUGAAACGCUUGCGGAGCAGCAACGUUGGGCUGCUGCUGUCGAGCGUGAAGCAGCAGGACGUCGUUGUCUACUACGCGAAGCUGUACGGUGUGUCCGUGGUGGAGUGUCUCUCCUCGGAAGAAGUUGCCCUUAUCCGUGAAAUCACGGGAGUCUCGCCCUAUUCGCCUUUUGGUGAUAACGGGUGUAGUGAAAUCACAGACACUGCAGCAGUGAUGUUUUGUCGGCCCUUGCUGCUGGGCUCCAAGAGAUACGCUCACGUUGGCUUCGCCAGCAGCGCGUGUGCCUUUCAGCCUCAUUGCCUCGUUCUUUGUGGGCCAGUGGAUGGGGUUAAUGAGCAACAUGCUGCUGCCAUACAGGGGGCAUUCACGAUGCUACAACAGCUGUUUAAGACAGUUGAUGGGAGGGAGGAAUGCAGGUCCAAAGGUGAAAGCCAGAAUGAUGCCUCAGAUGGUUGUAGCAGGCAUUCUUCAGCUACUCAGAAGCAACUUACAAUAGGAAAUAUUUAUUGUAACAGUAAUCAGGUUUCUGAACAUCAACUGAAAACACACAGGGGUGAAACAGACACACAAAUUGUAGACUCUGCUCUAAAGGGAAGUGAAAAUCCAGCAGGUAUACAAACAGUUUCGCAGAUACCCUCAAAUCCCGCCUCACACAGUGAAGAGUUAAACAUUCCCUGCAGAGGGGCUGGCUCUUCCACAGAUGCACAGAAAGCACAUGCAAAAUGUGAGCAUUCAGGUGAAAUGCACAAGGGCUACGAAAGUGAUUUAUCAGUGGACAAUCAGAAGAAUUACAGUACUGCUGUAUUAACAACAGGCAACGCUAACACAGUUACCGUGUGUGAACGCCUAGAUGUCAGUAAAGAUCUAGAGAAAGCUAGCUGUGGUAUAAUUCCAUUCAAACAUGAAGAGGGUUGUGUAAGUAUUGCACAGAAUUAUUCCAGCUCCAUCAUAGAAGCAGGAUCAGUUUUGCCAGUAGGAGGUUACUUUGAAAUCUUGUUACAUUAUUAUAUUCAGUACUAUGCAAAGCAGCUUCAGCAGUCAGCGGUAACUGUCAUAUCCAGUGUCGUUGCUGAUGCUUUGUUAAUUAUUCCAAAGUCCUUAUAUGGGACAACAGAAGGGAACAGCUUUGCCAAAUUUUAUCUCAAAACCACAAAUGCACUCAGGAAAAAUCAGCCUCUGCCUGUGAAUGAGAAAGGCUUGGAGUCAGUGUAUUGCAAAUACCAGUUAGUAAUUUCAGUUCUUCAUUGUGUUACAGAGCUUCUCAGUAUUGAUUUAAUAAUCGGUGUUAAGCGGCCACUACAAAAAAUUGAGGAUAAUGACUCAGAUGAUGAUCUCUGAAAUCAUAAAUAAAAAAUCUUUUUCAUGA